GCGACUCAAACAAGGCAGGCGCAACUGAUAGCAGCUUACCGAUAUGGCAAAAUGUUACAGCAGCUUUGCUGCUACCACUUUUUUAAUGCUCAUCGUGUUACAGCAGUGCGCUCUGCUUGUGCUGGUGAGCAGUGCUGCUGCUGAGCCAACAAAUACAGCGCUUUUGGAAAAAUUAGCACCAGAUCAUGUAUACUUUCCCGAUGAAAUUAUGGCGAAGCGAGUUGAAUAUGACGAUUUCUUAGAUCCAAUUUCGGGCGAGGAUGAAGAUGAAGUGUCUUACAAAAUUGCAGACUUUGCUUCAGAGGAGGAGGAGAAUUUAUCUGAUACAAAUGAGGCUGUUAUCGGUUAUGUGUCGUUUCUCUCAUCUAAAGAGCACGCUUAUCACUAAAAGGUUCUCUGGGGAAUUAGUUUUUUAUUUGCAUAUUGUUGGUGUGUUUCUAGUAUUAUUGUAAAAAAGAAAAACUAUUUUAAUAAUGCUGUCAAUGAACUUGAAUA